UAAACUCCUCUAUUUUCUCUCAGUCUCAGGGUUUUGGCUUCAACAAACGCAGCGUUGUCGUCGUUUCGUUUCGUUCUUCUUAUUUAGAAGAGGCCAGGGGAAUUUCUUCUGCGUUUUGGACCUUCGUCUUGUCGCUUCCUGGAUCGGACUUUUCUCGCCAUGGGCGAAAACGAAGCUGCGGAGGAAGCGAAGGUGGUGGUUGAGGAGGAAGAGUGCGCUGAGAAAAUGGUGUACAUGUGGGGAUACCUUCCUGGAUCCUCGCUGGAAAAAUCUCCGAUACUGUCUCCGGUGCCGGUUCCUCUCACCGAUCCUUCACUUGCAGGAGAUUCGUGGAAGGACGUUUGCGGUGGUGGUUGCGGAUUCGCCAUAGCCAUUUCAGAGAAAGGGAAGCUCAUGACGUGGGGUUCUUCGGAUGAUGAAAGCCAGAGCUACUUGACUUCGGGGAAGCAUGGGGAGAUUCCAGGGCCUUUUCAGCUUCCGACAGAGGCUUCAGUGGUGAAGGCUGCUGCCGGUUGGGCUCAUUGUGCUACAGUCACUGACAUAGGUGAAGUGUACGCCUGGGGCUGGAAAGAAUGUGUGCCUUCUGGGAAAGUCAUUACUGAUUUCAUCACUAUGGGAAGCCUUCAAAAAGAUACCACUGGGAAACAAAGUUCAUUAAUAGCCGAGCAAGGAAGCCCUCAAAGCUCCAAUACAAGCAGUGGAUCAGAUUCUCAUCAUGACAAGAAAUCAGGAGAUGAAGUUGUAAAGAGAAGGAAGAUCUCCUUCACUAGACAGGACUCUGAGAGUCAAGCAUCUGGCGAUGAAUUCUUUACUGUCUCUCCUUCUCUUGUGACCCUUGGCAAUGAAGUGAAAAUUACUUCUGUAGCAGUUGGUGGGAGGCAUACCUUGGCACUGUCAGAUGUGGGACAGGUCUGGGGUUGGGGCUAUGGAGGUGAAGGGCAGCUAGGAUUGGGUUCUCGAGUAAAGAUGGUGUCAUCCCCUCAUCUUGUACCUUGUAUUGAAUCUGCAUCUGGGAAGGAUAAAUCAUCGACUUUUCAUCAAGCAAGUGGUGCUGGAGCUCAAGGGUCAAAUAUUCUUGGAAGCUUUGUGAUGGAGAUUGCUUGUGGAGGCCGGCAUAGUGUUGUGAUAACGAAUACUGGAGCCCUUCUUACUUUUGGCUGGGGUCUGUAUGGUCAGUGUGGACAAGGGAAUAAUGCUGAUCAGCUUAGACCAACUUUAGUUCCUUCAUUUUUGGGAACCAGAGUCAAAAAAAUUGCUGCUGGGCUUUGGCAUACAUUGUGUGUUACUAUAACUGGUCAAAUUUAUGCAUUUGGUGGGAAUCAGUUUGGACAGUUGGGUACCGGUAGUGACCAGCCUGAGCAACCAGAGUGCUUGUGUGUCUAGGUGCCCCCACAAGUUGUGCUCUUUAAUGGAGAAAUUGACGCGAUGAUCAUUCCUGCCAUUGUUAUUUUGUUCUGUUGUGGAGCUUCAUGCCAUGCAGUUAGAUGUAACAAGAAGUCCUAGAGAGUUUGUGCAGCGACAUAGGGAACACCCAAUCAGCUGUGUCAAGGGUCCGAAGGAAAUGCUCGUCUUCAUGCUUCAUAGACUAUAAACUAGAAUGUUAAUUUACUAAUUUGAAAUAAAAUAAUUUCAAAUUGACGGCGGAAAUUGUGAUUCAUCCGUCACACUUGCAUAUAUGUUUUUGGAACAAAUGAAGUUUGAAAUUAUUUCCCCAUAUCAUGUAAGAAAAUGUCACUGCAAGCUCUAGAGAACUGUCUAAUAGGGUUUAUAUCCCUGCAGAUUUUUAACCAUAAAAAAAUAUGUUCGCAAGAUAGAUUCUUGGCAGAACAUUAGAAAGAAAUCUCAAGGAACAGCAUUUUCUGUAGACAUCACAACUGAGGUCACUAAAUUUAUGUGUUUUUCCUUGAGACAAUAAUCUCCUUUAAUUAUCCUCAAUUAUUAACUUGUAAUUUCCUUAAAAUAUAAUGUUACCCAAGGGCAUACGACUUAAACAAAUUCUAUUAGAAUAACUACACCAAGCCUAAAAAUUUUCAAGUCAAUGCAUUAUAAUUU